AUGUCGACCCUAUUCGUGCUGAGCCUGCUGCGGAUAUACCUCCACUCAAGCCAACCAAAGCAAGAACUUCGCGUACUACCGAAAACCUACGAGAAAGUCACCCUGGACGAGAAGCGCAACGCCGACGAGAAACCUAAACCUGUGAUAAAGGAGGACGACUCCGAGGGAUCCGAAUAUUCAAGGACAAUAAAUGAUAAAAAAGGAGCAAAGCGAGGCCCGAAGAGGAUAAAAGGCGAUGUUCAGAAGAAGGGGCGCGGGGCCACAGAAACCGAGGGCGAGGCGCGCAAAAUCCAGGUCCUCAUAUUCUUUUCCUCAUUGACAGCCAACACACCAAAGAUUGCACAGGCCUUUACCCAAGAGCUCGCAGAGACCCUAGGUUGUUCUUCUGAAGGAAAACUGGACAGCAAAUUCCUACCACCGCAAGUUUUGGAUCUGGCCGAAAUUGACUUCGACGAGUACUUUAUCACACCCCCAAAGUCCGAGGGCGAGAAAACCGACUGCUUUUAUCUCUUCGUUAUCCCCAGCUACAACAUCGACUGCAUCAACGACACUUUCCUUGAACACCUUCAAGAAACACACCAUGAUUUCCGUAUCGAUACCUCCCCACUCGCUCCGAUUCUGGGGUACUCGGUGUUUGGCUUUGGGGACAGGGAAGGGUGGCCAACCGAAGAGGAGGGGUAUUGUUUCCAGGCCAAGGAGGUCGACAGGUGGAUGGCCAAGCUAAGUGCGCGGAAGCGAGCAUAUCCUUUGGGUAUGGGUGACUGGAAAAGGGACGGAAAGGAGAGGCUGAUGGAGUGGCGGACUGGGUUGACGGAUGUCCUCAAGCAACUAGAACUGACCGGAGCUUUGGGAGAAGGCGUUCCAGGCUCUGGAGAUCCCCUGGAGAGUGACGACGAAGAAGAGGCGGAAGAUGACGGAGAAGUAGUGAUUGAAGAGGUCUCCAUGUCAAAGGCCACAAAGGGGCGGGGCUCUGGCAGCCUCGAGGAUGUCGAAGACAUUGGCCGGAUCAUGGAGCUAUCGGGGACGGAUGGUCCCGGCAAGAAACCGGCGGCACCGCUGGCUAUUGAUUUCACAACGGAAGGAAAACCAGUAACCAAGAAGACACCCGCCACCACCGUCAAAGAGAUGGUACCUAAGAGCUCACCCACAUAUGCGGCCCUAACGAAACAGGGAUACUCAAUUGUCGGUUCCCACUCAGGGGUUAAGAUCUGCCGCUGGACCAAAUCCGCCCUCCGUGGCCGUGGGUCCUGCUACAAAUACUCCUUUUACGGAAUCAACUCGCACCAAUGCAUGGAAUCGACCCCAUCUCUCUCUUGCUCCAACAAAUGCGUCUUUUGCUGGCGCCACGGUACCAACCCGGUCGGCACCACCUGGCGCUGGGUGGUGGACCCGCCCCAACUCAUUUUCGACGGCGUCAAGGAGAACCACUACAAAAAGAUCAAGAUGAUGCGCGGCGUGCCGGGGGUGCGGGCGGAGCGGUUCGCCGAGGCCAUGCGCGUACGGCACUGCGCGCUGUCGCUGGUCGGCGAGCCCAUCUUCUACCCACACAUCAACGAGUUCCUGGCCAUGCUGCACGCGGAGCGCAUCUCGUCGUUCCUGGUCUGCAAUGCGCAGCACCCAGACCAACUCGCGGCAUUGCAACACGUCACGCAGCUGUACGUCAGCAUCGAUGCUUCCAACCGAGAGUCACUGCGACGCAUCGACCGCCCGCUCCACCGCGACUUCUGGGAGCGUUUCCAGCGUUGCCUCGACAUUCUGCGCGAGCGCCGCUUCCGCCAGCGCACCGUCUUCCGCCUGACGCUGGUCAAGGGCUUCAACAUCGAGGACGAGGCCGAAGGGUACGCCGACCUGGUCGAGAAGGGCCUGCCGUGCUUCGUCGAGGUCAAGGGCGUGACCUAUUGCGGCACAUCGACGUCCAGUAACGCCGGCCUGACAAUGGCCAACGUGCCCUUCUACCAGGAGGUUUGCGACUUCGUCAUGGCGCUGGAGAAGCACUGCGCAAGCGCGGGCUGCAGUACGGCAUCGCGGCCGAGCAUGCGCAUAGCUGCUGCAUCCUGCUCGCGAGCGAGCGUUUCCGCGUGGACGGGAAGUGGCACACGCUGA